AGCGCAUGCAGCCAACAAGUCUGGACUUCCCUCUCCAGUCAGGAGCUGCUCCCAUGAAGGAAAGGCUCUGUCAUUACCGGGGCUAGAGGUUUAGGACGGGGCUUUAUCUAGCACAUCAGUGUGACUCAGAGUUGUUCUGGAUGCUGGAUCACACUGUUCUUGCGCGCGCAAACGCCUCCAUCGGAUUUUACGCACACAUCGCUGGAGAGAAGCAACAGGAAAACGCUCUUGGUGGCAUUGUCUCCUCUUAAACAGAGAGCAGCAGGUGUAAAACUCCCAACGCGGUAAUAAUUCCUGAUUCUAAGGCAUCUAUUACUCCUGGCGACACCGUGGACGUGUGGUGCCAAAAUGUUUCCCUGGCGGCGCGCCUGCUCCUCGGUUUCCACGCCAGGACUGUGGACCGUUUUCCUGCCGCUGGAUUUACAGCUUUACAGCUUCCAACAUUUCACUGGACUAUAACAGAGGAAACUAACCUGUUCACGCUAAAAAUCCGCCUCAUUAACAAAGGUCACUUGUGUUUUGAUAACCUACUUGUCAUUUAUUAAGACAGGCGAGGACAGCGCGCAGGGAAACCGUUUUCAGUAGAUACGCAUUUCCGCGCAACACCGCACCGAGAAGCGCACAGAGAUGCCGCGUCGGUUCCGCGUCCUCUUCCUGCUGCUGCUGCACCUGGCUGUGUUUCUGCUGGGCUGGCCGGCCGGGGCGAGCCGGAUACGAAAGAAGGCCACCAGGACCCGGUCUUGCCUGGACCUGCCGGAGGAGAUCUUGGAGCAGAUGUUCGGCCGGCUCUCGGUCGGAGUGAUGAGCGCUUUCCAUCACGCCCUGGAGCUGGAGCCGCAGGACAAACUGAACCUGACCUGCCCAACCACUGCACGGGCCCCGACCGACAGCAAGACCCGCCUCCCGGUCAACCUGCUCAGCAUCUCCCCCUGGGCCUACAGGAUCUCGUACCAGCCGACCAGGUAUCCCCGCUACAUCCCGGAGGCUUACUGCCUGUGUAAAGGCUGCCUGGUCGGGCCGUACGGUGAGGAGAGUGACCGGUACCGCAGCACGCCGGUCUACGCUCCCUCUGUGAUCCUGAAGAGAACGGGCUCCUGCAUCGGCGGCCGCCACUCCUACACGGAGAUCUACGUCUCCGUGGCCGUGGGAUGCACCUGUGUGCCGCUGCUGGAGAAAGAGCGCGACGGCCGCAACAGCAACCAGAGCCUGGAGAGAGCAGAGCCCAAAGCCGGACGGCUCAGGUCUGCACGCAAGAAAGUGUGAAGGAAGCAGAGCUGUUGGACUCCAGAUGAGUUUUUCUACACCGGGUCCAGUUUGUUGGUUUAUUUUUCUUCCACUGGCACAAAAAAAUGUAAAAUAAUGUAGAUGUAAUGAUAAUACCUGCAAGGCAGAAACACCUGUAACAGUCCCUGAACCGGAGCACACUGAAUAUUUUGGAUAAGAGAAGAUUUGAUUUACAUCCUGUUUACUGUUGGUCCUUGAUAAACUCCUGAAAUGUUUUUACAUCUGGAAAGAAACGGAGACAUUAUUUAAUCCACAUUCAUUCCUGCCUUGAUUUGACCUGGCUUCGGACUGAAACUUGGAAGAGACCUGGACUUGACAAAGAUGUCCAGAUACAUUAAGUACAGCAAACUCAAUCUGCACCUGUUGUAUUGGCUGGACUGGAGAGAAUAGGCCUAAAAGGCCUCUGAAGUACAAUGUGAGAGUUGAAGAGUUGGUUCAGCCAAAGUACAGAAAAUAUAUUCACAUCUGGUACGGAGUCAUGCAGAUCAUUUUGUGUUGAUUUGUGCAGGUUUGAAGAAAUUCACCUGUGACAUUUCUGCACCACAGACAAAAUGGCAUUUGGGUGGAGGCAGAAAUCUGAUCAAAACCUUUGCCCAUUCAAUCAGAACUAGCUGUAUGACUACUGUGACCAGAUACCGCUAGAAAUGAAUGAGAAUACUUUUAUUUGUAAAUUGGGUGGUCCAACAAUUAAAUUAAACACAAAUAUUGACAGAUGGAAUAAAAUUCCUCAUUAUCGUCAAUGAUCUGAUCAAUGCUGCCACCUACUGAUGUUAAAAAGAACUGCACCUGGAGAAACCGGAAACACUGACACACUUAAAGAACAGCUUUCAUUCAGUCAUUAAAACAACAAAUAUUCAAGAUGAUUGUAACGGUCAUUUUUAAUUCAGUCAUUCUUAUGAACUGGGACUAAACGUGUCAUGCACAUAAACAUUUCGACAUGAAACUAAAAUAAUCUAAAUUAUAAAAGUAAGCAGUGGAUGUUACUCGGACACCUUCCCAUUUUAUUUUGAAUUAUAUGAUUAAAUGUCAACAUUGUACCAAAAACCAACAUGUCCACAACCUAAUUUCAUAUUUUAAAAACAAAAGCCAGUUGACUGUUGAUCUUAAAGAAGAUUUUGUUCCAUUAUAACAUAAUCACUUAUUUCAAUCUAAACAUUGACCUUUACUAAAUUAAUAUUAUUUUGUCUCUCAGUCUAUAUUCAAUUCAUUCCAAUUAAAACCGCUUUUGUCCCAUUUCUCAAGAAUCACUGAAUUAAUUUAGCAGCUGUUGGUGACAUUUCUGGACAUUGAGUUCCUCGGUUUGCAGAGAGGAAGUUUCUCUCAAAGCAACAGCACAACAAAGAAUUUAGCACUUGUUUGUUUCCCAGUUUCAUUUUUGCAUUUUCAGGAUUUUUGUUGAACAGCAGUAAAUCCCUCAGCCGGUGUCAUCAUCAUCACAUCAUUACACUGGUUAAGAAAAUAAACGUCUACGAUUAUCUUUUCA